AUGUCUCACUGCAAGUUUGAACACCCUCGCCACGGCCACCUUGGCUUCCUGCCGCGCAAGCGCAGCCGGCAGAUCCGCGGUCGCGCUCGCUCCUUCCCCAAGGACGACCCCUCGCAGAAGCCGCACCUCACCAGCUUCAUGGUGUUCAAGGCCGGCAUGACGCACAUUGUGCGCGACGUCGACCGCCCUGGCUCCAAGGUGAACAAGAAGGAGGUUGUGGAGCCGGUGACGAUCCUGGAGGCGCCACCGAUGGUGGUGGUGGGCAUCGUCGGCUACCGCCAGACGCCUGUGGGGCAC